GUUGACCCGCUCUCAAAAGUAAAAGAACGCGAUAACCUGAAAUAUUUUGCCGAUUAGAAUUGUUUUUCACAACAAACGUCUCCGACUUCAGUCGUGAUCGAGCAUUCAAGUAGUAAAGAUGUCUUUUUUAACGUUGUGCAGUAUUUCCUUGUUAUUUGUCCUUGUACAAUGUCAAGUGAAAGAUGGAUCAAAUAUCGGGCAAGCAACGCUUCCAUUGAUGAAUUCGCCAUCACUUCCUCCGGGUUUCGGGAGUCAACGCAACAUUCCAACUGUGAUUCCGGAAAGACCUUUUAACCCCACAAACACUUGUGCCUUGCUUAAAACCGCAUUGCAAGGCGUCGGACGAGAUUCCGAGACAAUUAUGAAAAUUCUCGCAGGGCAUACGCGCGAUCAACGUUUCGAACUCGCAGCUACUUACAAAUCUCUUUACGGCAAAGAUUUGGUGCAAGAAAUUAUGCGCGAAUAUGACGGAAAAUUGCAAGAUGUCAUCCAAUAUUUGUUCUGGCCCACAGAGAAAAUGUAUGCUCGGGAAUUUCGGGAGGCAACACGAGGCUUUGGCACGAACGAAGAAGCUUUGAUUGAAAUGUGUGUCGGUUUGGAGGGACAAGAAUUGCGUCGUGUGGCAAGUGCUUACCAACAAAUGUACGAAAAACGUUUGGAAAAGGAUGUUCGCGAUGAUACGAGUGGCUUUUUCCAAGAGUUGUUGGUUACUUUGCUCGAAGGAAGACAAGAAGAUACAGCUCCGUUCCCGUUUCAAGUGCCGAGAAAUACAGCUGAAGCAUUGAAAAAUCUCGAAGUUGGCAAAUGGGAUCGUCAAAAGGACACAAUUCGUGAUGUUUUCUGUAAAAGAUCGUUCACGGAGCUUCGCGCGAUGUUCGAUGAAUACGAGAAACAAGCAGGACACAAAAUUGAAGAUGCAAUUGAGCGUGAAUUUAAAAAAGAUGCCAAGAAAACGUUGUUGGCUAUUGUAAAAUGCGCCCGCAACCGUUCAGAAUAUUUCGCCGAAACUCUCGCUAAAGCCAUUCCAAGUGUUGGCGUGAAACACGAUAUCCUUCAUCGUAUCAUUGUAGGUCGCAGCGAAAUCGAUCUCGGCAACAUCAAAGAAGCUUUCUACCAAAAAUACAACAAAAAUAUCGAUGUUUGGCUUAAACACAUCCUCGAGGGUUACUAUUGGGACUUGAUGGUUCAAUUGGCGGGAUAUCAACCGAAUUUCUUCACAAAUUAGAGAUCUUCAACGCCUCUCUUCGUAAUCUAAAAAGGAAAUUUCAAUAAAAAUUAUUUUUUUUAGCAGAAAACUCACCUGAAACUUAACAAUUUGGUUC